CGAACCAUCAUCAUAGCAUUGUCGAUUGGCAAUCAGUACUAGUCCAUUGCUACUGUGAUAAAACGAUUUAGUGCCGUUUUGUAUUCAGUCUUAUUGGUUUCAUAAACUAGAAGACUUCGAAGUCAACAGCAACCAACUAAAUCCAGAAAUAUGAACUCCAGCCUAUUGUUAUUCGCAGCAGCAGCCGUUGUGGCCGUUAGUGGAAGCGCUGUAUACCCGACUCUACACCAUGCACCGGUCACCACACAAUACCACUCCCAAGACGAACACGGACAGUAUGCUUACGGAUACUCUGGCGGUCCAUCGGCAAAGCACGAACAGCGCACCGCAGACGGAGUGACCCGAGGUGGAUACUCGUACGUGGACGCCAACGGUCUCGUUCAAUCGCUGUCCUACGUUUCCGACCCGGCCAACGGUUUCCGCGUGGCUGGCACCAACCUACCCGUUGACACCAACACGGCAUCUCACGCCGUACCGGUCGUCCACCACGCGGCACCGGCUCCGGUUCUCGCGGCCGCCGAACCAGCCAUCGUCGAUGCCCGUCACCUGACCGUCCACUCGUACGCCGCACCCGCCCCGGUCUACUCGUACGCCGCCGCACCAGCACCGGCCCAUACCGUCUCCGUUAAGCACACCGAAUACGCUGCCCCACCAGCACCAGUGCUCCAUCACUUGGCCGCCCCGUACGCCUUGACCGCCCACGCCGCUCCCGUACCGGUGGCCAGCUCCUACACCAGCGUGGUCCGACACGACUCGGCACCGAUCGUCAGCCACUACGCCCCGGCCCCGGCCCCGGUCGUCCUUUCCGCGCCUGUUGAAGUGCCGCAUGUGUACUCGACCGCCCCAGUCGCCCACGUGGCCGUCGCCCCAGUCAAGAGCCAGUACCACUCGCAAGACGAACAUGGCCAGUACACGUACGGCUACACCGACGGAUCGUCCGCCAAAUCCGAGACCCGUUACGCUGACGGCGAAACCAAAGGAAGCUACUCGUACGUCGACGACCACGGUGCCGUACAAGCUGUCCACUACUCCGCCGGCGCCGAAGGUUUCAAAGCCGCUGGUACCACCAUUCCCGUUCACCACGUCUGAUCGUAUAACAAUCACAUUAUUUGCUGUUGUACUUAAACACGUCUCUUCCUUUCUUCACUAUACAUAAAUACAAACCAUUUUUUUUUUUAUAUAUCGAAA